AAAACAAACACAAUAACAAAACGAAACGUAAAAAGUAGAAAACACAAAAACUAUAAUCAAAACAGGAAACAAUACACCCCCAACCUUCAUUCCAUUCUGUUCUGUUCAGAUCAUUGUCAAGUUAAAGAUCCCAAAAACAAAGGAAAAAAAAGGCAAAAAAGUAGUGGUGGAUGGCAAAAACCAACAAGUAUACCUCCAUUAACUUCAAUCAGAUCUACGAGAAAACCCUUCCUUCCAAUUCCAAUCCCAACUCCAAACCCAUCAAAAAACCAUCUUCCUCUUCAUCUUCCUCUUCACCCUCUUACUCUGCAAUCUCUUCUCCCAAGACCCAUGGCCGCAUGUUGGUCCUGACCCGACCCACACCCACACCCACAUCCAAGCCCAAACCCAUCACCACUCCACCACCGCAACCUCUUUCCCCACAGCCCCAGCAAAGCCAGCUGAUCCCCGAUCGGACCCGGUCUGAUCCCGGUUCGGACCAGAUUUCUCUUCGUCCGUUGGGUAGUACCGGCUCCGGUUCUCCUGCUCUGUCACCGGUUCCGAGCUUUGAGAGGGACAAGGAGGUGGUGGGUGUGGUCACGUCUCCGAAGCCGGACAAAUUUGUGCCUCCACAUCUUAGACCCGGUUUUUCGGGGAGGGAGGAGCGGAUUGGACCGGAUAUGGUCCGGGUCAGGGAAUCGGGGCGGAACAAUUUCGGGACUCCGGGUAGGUACGGAGAGGAUGGGCGGCCCAAAUCGGGUGGUGGGUAUGAGAGGAUGAUGAGGGGUGAUGAAUCGGAGCUGGGAAUGGCGAAUCGGCCAAGAUCGAGUGGAAGCCGGCCUGGUUCGAGUGGAUGAUUAUUUUGGUGAAUUGAUUCUUUCCUGCGGACAAGGAUGGGACGUACUUGAUGCCACAAAGGGAUUCUCUAUAGGGACCAACUUCUGUCAUUUUUCUCUCUGGAACUGGCCUUGAUUUUCAGAAUGAACGGAAUUUCAAUUUUUGGAAGAUAGUAUCCAAUCAGGUGGCACCUUCUCAACCCCAAGUGACUGGAUUUAUGCCAAAUUUUGAAGUGCUGUAUCGCAAAAGAUAGGCUUAGGCAUCUAAGUCUUUUUAAUGCUUGAUCAUUGGUUCUGUUAUUCAGGUUCCAGUGAAAUGCAGAAUUAACAUGUUUGAUUUUCAGUUUUAAGGUUCUUUUUAUCUGUUUUUAGGUUAGCAUCUUGUUGGGAUGCUUCCAAUUACAUUGUUAUAUGCCUUCACGGUACUCUUUGAUGAUCCUACUUGUGUAAAAAGAUUUAUUUCGUGGCAUUACCUAUCUCAUAUACUUUUACAAAUCAAAGAAUCUAUCUCAUUACUUUUUGCAUUUAA